AUGCCUGACGGUUCAUACGACCACCCACAGCAGCGGCAGUUUAACCCGUACACGGAGAACGGUGGGACAAUCCUCGCUAUUGCUGGUGCGGACUUCACCGUGAUUGCGGGUGACACGAGGCAGAGCGAAGGUUACAGUAUUCAGACGCGAUAUGCGCCAAAAGUCUUUAGACUAACCGACCGAGCUGUAUUGGCUGUAAAUGGCUUCGCGGCAGAUGGAAACAUGUUCGUGAAGAAAGUCAAGCAGCGGCUCGAGUGGUAUCGUCACGCGCACGCGAAGGAUAUGCCUCUCCGCGCAAUUGCCAGACUUAUCCAGACGAUGCUGUAUGCCCAGCGCUUCUUCCCCUAUUAUGUAUACAACAUCCUCGGAGGGAUUGAGGAAGAUGGCUCUGGUGCCGUGUACUCCUUUGACCCUGUCGGCUCAUACGAGCGUGAGGCAUGUCGGGCCGCGGGUGCAGCACAGUCAUUGGUGCAGCCCUUCCUCGACAACCAGAUAUACUUCAAGAACCAGGUCGCGGCGCCCGGAUCCCCGCAUCCCACGCACCUGCCACUACCUGGCGUACUAUCCAUCGUCAUCGACUCAUUCACAAGCGCCACGGAGCGUCACAUCGAAGUCGGAGAUGGUCUCGAGAUGUACGUCGUCCUCGCAAAAGGGCGCAGCGUGCAAGGCCUCGAGGGCAUCAGCGGAAUCCGGGAGGUGAGCACGAAGGCCGACAGUGACCGCGUGUUCGUGAUCCGGAGAGAACUCAAGAAGGAUUGA